CUUUCCGGCCCAGUGGCUAACCCCAUUGCCAGAACCGUUUCCUCCCAUCACUUACUCAACUCUUGUGAAACUUGUCAGUUCACUUCCUCUUGGGGGGGGGGGGGUCCGUGGAAGUCAUUAAGAAAGAAAGACAGGCAACAAACAAACAGAGCCACUUUCACCACCUCCGCAAGUGGUGAUAUGCGAAUAUAGAAACGAGAGGAGCCUCGGGGCAUAGACGGCUGGAGAAGUCGGUGGCAGACAGAGAGAUUUCAAAGUCCGAAAGGUUCCUCCACUGCCCUCUGCCACCCAACUGGACCAUGAGCGCUGCCAACAUCACCCAGAAUACAACAUCGGCGCUAUCACCCUUGCCAGGCGCAGCAGUUGGCCUAACUGUGCUCUCUCUGGCCUUCAUUCUGGGCUUUCCUGGCAAUGCUUUUGUGGUUUGGAGCGCAGGCUGUGUUGUCCACAAGCGUACGGUCACGUGCCUCCUCAUCCUUCACCUGGCCAUAGCUGACUUGGCAGUGCUGCUCACGGCACCCAUAUUCCUGCGGUUUCUAAGCGCUGGCAACUGGGAACUCGGCAAGGCAGUCUGCAAAGCCUGCCAUUACAUCUGUGGGGUCAGUAUGUAUGGCAGUGUGUUUCUCAUUGCCCUCAUGAGCUUGGAUCGCUGCUUAGCUAUCUCCAGGCCCUUCAUCUCGCAGAAGAUACGCACCAAACGUACCACAUGGCUUCUGGUUUUGGCAAUUUGGGUGGCUGCUGUUUUCUUGGCCAUCCCUGUACUUUUCUACAGAAAGGUGGUUUUUUGGGAAAAUAGGUAUAUCUGUUUCCUCCAUCAUCCCACAACCAACCAUUUGAUCUUCCACAAUCUCUUCGAAACCAUCACUGGGUUUGUGGUGCCUUUUGCCGCCGUGAUCUACAGCUACGGAACCAUCGGCCUACGUCUGAAGGAGACCCGUUUCCGCCGGAAACGCCGUACAAACCACCUCAUUGGACUUAUCGUGCUGGCCUUUGUUAUUUUCUGGCUCCCUUAUCACACGGUGAACCUUCUGGACGUGGCUGCUGUGUGGAGCGACUCGACAAAUGUAAAAAAUGCCGCUAAGAUGGCUAGGCCGACCUUGGUGGCUCUCGCCUUCUUCAGCAGUAGCGUUAACCCCAUCCUUUACGCCUUCAGCGGCAGCUCUUUCAUUCGGUCAGCCGGCUUCGGAUUCAUGGCCAAACUCUUCGAAGGAACUGCCUCAGAAGUGUCCAGCUACAAGCGCGGUACCAGCCGGGACCAACAGGGAGACGCCAAGAUGGCCACCUUAAACAAUGUGAGUCCCGAGUCUUUUACCAUGUCUACUAACCCAGUGGAGAACGGAUCGUCUCGAGAACACGAAGAUACUUUAAAACCUCUCAAGUCGCCUUGAAAGCCUACUGUUUUGUGGAGUGGAGUGGAUUCUGUACAUGCACAAAUGGAUUGUCUGACCCAUCGUGGUUUCAUAUUGCGUGCUAGAAAUGGCCCCUCUUCCCAUCUCUCUUCCCCCCCCAUUACCCUUUAUCUGAGAUACGCAGGUCCCACACAUCUGUCAUCUGCUGUGUGGCAUGAAGAUUUCAUUUGGAGGCACACAGCUGUCAUACUGAGAUUUCCCUCAAACCGCUCGCUCUCAGGCCUAGCAACCAGCUUCCUGGAAAUUUUGCAAGCCCAGCACCUCAAAACUGUGAAGCCCUAACUGAAAAUGCAUUACAGAAACUACAUAGGGCUUUUUGAUUAUUCAGUACAAACAUUUAGGCAUCAUAAAUGGACACUGUUUGGUUAAAAAGCAGGGUCUACAGGUAGCCAAAGAGAGGGCAUUGAACAUAUGCAGUGUCUCACAUACCACAUUAUCCCACCUAAGCAUCUAGGGCAGGCAUCCCCAAACUGCGGCCCUCCAGAUGUUUUGGCCUACAACUCCCAUGAUCCGUAGCUAACGGGACCAGUGGUUGGGGAAGAUGGGAAUUGUAGUCCAAAACAUCUGGAGGGCCAAAGUUUGGGGAUGCCUGAUCUAGGGGUUGUAGCUGUACUCUAAGUUAGAGUAGACCCACUGAAAUGAAGGUGCCUUAAUUAGCCAUGCCCAUUCAUUUCAAUGGGUCUACUCUGAAUAUGACUCAAAUUGGUCACAAACCCAAAUUGCUGUUUUGGGACUUCCUCUCUCUUUGUGCAUGCUGAAACCUGGCCUCCAACCUUUUAAAAGUUUUUCUUACCUCACAAAAUAUGCUUCUGUUUUUCUGUCUCACCCUAGGGUGCUUUAGAAUUUAUGAUUUCAGUGGGUAUGGAGGGUCAAGCUUAUCUUAGCAGUGAAAGGUGAAAAGAUGUAUUUGUGGGUAGAAUUAACUAAGCUUUACUAAGAGCAGACCCAUUAAAAUUAAUGGACCUAAAUUAGUUGUAUUCAUUAAUUCUAGUGAGUCUACGCUGAAUAAAAAUUAGGUUUGUUUGGUUUACUUCAAUAAAAGCUUUUUAAAAAUCAUCACCAUCAAUUCAAUAGGCAUAAUAGAAGUACAGUACAAAAAAAAACAGUGCAGUGCAUCCGAUGGAGACUUUAUAUUAUUUCAAACUUGCCAUAUUUCCAAAAGUGAAAAUCUGGAGAUUUAAAAAAAGUUUUUGACUUUUGUUGUUGUUGUUGUUGUUGUUGUUGUUGUUGUUGUUGUUGUUGUAUGCCUCGGUUUCCCCAUACAUUUCAGCUGCUUUGCAAAAAUUUCACCGAGACGCCAUUUUUGAAAGACGAAUCCCAGCUAUGUCUGGGAAAUACCGGAUGUAUAGCAGCCCUAGGAAAUACUUAAGACCAUUAGGAAAACCAGUUUCCCCAUUGUACUAUGUGACUGUAUUUGUUGUAUAUAAGGCAAAAUCUCACCAAUCAGGACAGAAAUUUUCAGGGGACUGGGAGGGAGUUUGCACUGUCCCGGCUGUCUCACUUCCUCCCCAUUUUCCUUCCACAUAAGCAACAGUGAUGCACCUGCCCAGAAUUAUGCAUAGUCCCACCUGGUGAGUCACUUCUGCUUUGCACAUUUAGAGAAAAGCCUAGCUGAGGACAUCACAAGGCUUUCAGGGAUUGCUGGCAUCUGGGGAGGUUAUAGACUGCAGAUCACCAGAGUGGAUUUCUAGAUUGAAAGCAGGGACACUCACAAGCAACCCUCGGUCCCUUUGAAGUAGGGGUGGAUGGAACCAUUAAUUUCGGGUCUGUUUUCAGUUUUACACAUGCUAAUUCAUAAAUCCUUUCUUUGCUGUGUUUGCAUGAAUCGGCAUUAAAAAAAGCAACCAGUCUGUCUGGAAAUCUGUAUUUGAAUACACACUUAAAUAUGAUUAUAUCAAAAAAUACAUAUUUAAAUACAUAUUUUAUCUCAAUGUACAUACUGCUGAACACAUUUUAUAAUAAAAUAUGUAUUUUAAAACAUGUUUCGGUGGACUUUUUGAGCCAUGCUAUCUGUGUCGCAAAAUUUGGAAAGGUGCAAAUUCUAGCAAAUACAGGUGAAACUCGGAAAAUUAGAAUAUUGUCGAAAAGUGCAUUUAUUUCAGUAAUGCAACUUAUUAUUUUUUAUUUUUAUUUUAAUUUUUACAAAUGCUUUCUUUUGGAAAUUCCACAGUAAUAAAACAAAUAGUUACCAUAAUACAAAAAUAAACAUCGCUAUUACAUUUCAUUAAUUACAUUCCAUUUAUAAUUGACCCGCCUAACAACAAAUAAUU